CCCAGGGAGUGAAAGGGAGACCCCCCCCAGUCAAGGAAAGCUAGUCGCUGGUGUGUAAAGCUGCAGAGAUGCUCUGCAUAGAAAAACAUGCCAGAGGCGGUGGAGUCUUGCGGGGAAAGUAAUCAUUGGAUGGCUACAACUGUCUGACAUGCACCGAGACGCCGACAGAGGCCGUUUCCGCUGCGCAUUUCGGAGCUAAACCCCCUCUCUUAGUGCCAGGGUAGCUUGGGUCGCGGCGCAUCGAUCCAGGACGCACUCGGGAGGGGUCUCAUCAUGGGGAACGAGGCGAGCCUGGAAGGCGGCGAAGGCCCGCUCUCAGGGCUACCCGAGGGGCUGGAACCCGACGGGGCCGGAGGCUUCGUGCGGGUCCCCGGCGGAGCUCCGGUGGACCUGGCGGAGCUGAGCGAGGAGCAGCGGAAGCAGCUCGCCGCGGUGUCAAGGGCGCAGGGCAGGCAGCCUGGGGGUGCAGCGGCCGCACGAAGACCAUCUGAAUCUGGUGUCCAGCAGCGACCCCAGCAGGCAGGGGCCUCCAAGGGCCCGACAGGCCUCAGUAAGAGUCGCACUGUAGACGCCUUCAACCAGAGUCCCCCCGGCAGGCCCGCGACAGGCCGCAGCCCCUCGUCGCUCAACCUCUUUGAGUCCCGAUUGCGGCAGGAGCCUAAGGACUCUGAAAGCAAGCGGUCUGGCAUGUUUGGCUCCAGCUUCCUCAGCGGGGCCAACCCCCUCAGCGCCGUGUCGUCCAUGACCUCCUCCGUCUCUUCCUCCAUCUCCUCCAUGGGCGACACCGUCAACAUCCCCAAGUUUGGACUGUUUGGAGACGAGGAUGAAGGAGCUACGCCUGAGUCCGGCCAGGAAGGGAAACCACAAUGCAAGGCUCCCCAGCAAGGAUCAGGUCCAAAGGGGCCACAACAAGGGGCUCCGCAGAAACAGGUUCAAGGCCCUCCUAGACAGGGGCCUAGGCAAGGGCAAGGACCACAAGGCCAGGGGCCCAAAUCAGCUCAGGGACCUCCUGGCCAGGCCCCCAGGCAAGGCCAGGGGCAGCCAGGACUAGGGCCUUCAGGGCAGCAAGCACCUAAACCAGGUCAAGGCCCACCAGGACAGCAAGGACCCAAACAAGGCCAAGGUCCACCAGGACAGCAAGGAGCUAAACAGACACAAGGUGGUCCUCCACCACAAAAAGAACCUGGAAAGCCUGGACCCAAACAGCAAGGACCAGCAGGCCCAGGCGCUUAUCCUGGAGAUCCAGCCAAGAGUCAACAAGGGUCUGGGAAGCUCGGAGGUGGGCUUUGUCCUCUGUGUAAGACCACGCAACUGAACACUGGAUCUAAGGACCCACCAAAUUACAACAAUUGCACCGAGUGUAAGAAUCAAGUGUGCAGCCUGUGUGGAUUCAGCCCUCCAGACUCUGCAGGGAAAGAAUGGCUGUGUCUUAACUGCCAGAUGCAGCGAGCCAUGGGGGGCAUGGACCCCCCUGGAAUGACAAAGCCCAAACAAGGUUCGGCCCCACCCUCACCGCAGAAACAGGCCUCGGGCAAGCCUGGCAAGCUUCUCAUCAAGCAGCAAAGCACCACCGACCAAGGGUUGACACCACCGACGACUCCAAGGCAGAAAUCCCCCAGCUCUCCAGGACCACUUUCCCCGGGGUCCUCAUUGGGAGGCUCCCCCAAGAUCGACCCCAAGACCGGCCGCCCUGUUCAGCAGAGGUCCAGCCCGCAGCAGUCACCGGCUAAAGCCAAACAGGAGUCCAGCUUCUUUGGGGGGUUGGGAGGUAUCAGUUUUGGAGGUUUGACCGAUUCGGCCAAGACAGCUGCCGCUUCCUCACAAGCAGCCGAGUCCGUCACUGGGAAACUGUUUGGAGGUUUCGGUGGAUUGAUGGAGUCGGCCAAGCCUCAGGUGGCUCCGAAGCAGGACGAGUCCGUGACCGGGAAGCUGUUUGGAGGUUUCGGGGGUUUGUCGGAGGCAUCGAAACCGCCGGCCGCCGCCUCUCAGAUGUUCAGCUUUGGGUCGUCACUCUUGAACUCGGCCACCAGCCUCGUGACUGGAGAUGAGGAGAAGGCACCAGCCUCUCCCCCGGGGUCGCCACCAGAUUCGGCCCCAGGCUCCCCGCCUGAUUCUCCCUUCUCUGCUCCAGGCUCUCCCCCUGAUUCGGAUUCUGCGCCUGACACUCCACCGGCUAAACCCAAGAAGGCACCAAGGACCAUCUCUGUGGAGCAAGAGGCAGCUGGUGUGACAUCCAAAACUAAGGACAACUGUUCUCUCUGCAACGUGGAGCUGAACGUUGGAUCAUCAUCAGAGGCGCCCAACUACAGCCUCUGCACCAAGUGCAAGAAGACUGUGUGCAACCUGUGUGGGUUCAACUUAGGAGAGAAAGAAUGGCUUUGCCUCAAGUGUCAAACGAGAAGAGCCAGUCAGCCGGACGACGUCCAACCACCGGAGAUGGCUUCCCUAAAGAAGCCACCAGCUACUAUCGCUCCCGCUCCCUCCUCCACCCCUGCUGCUGUAGAUAGCACACCCAUAGUAGAAGACCAAACCCCACCAGCCCCUGAGACUAAGGUAGAAGUUACACCUGCACCAAUAUUGCAUGACCACGACAAACUACAGUCUGUUCACAAAGAGCCACAGUCAGACCAACCACUAGCAUCCGAGACUAACAUCCCAGAGACUGCAGCUGCCAUAGCACCUGAAAUCCAAGAGCAGCAGCGACAGAGCUCUGUCAUAGAAAGGUCUGAUGCUGAGGAAAUCCCAGUAGUGGAGCAACAUAAUCCUAACUCAGACACAGCUGCCGCUAUAGAUGAACACACGACGCAGAAUGACAGCAGAAUAGCAGCAGCUGAGGGAAAGCCAAGUACCUCUGAGGAGGUGAGGGAGAACCUUCCUGAGGUGUCUGAUCCAGGUUCUGAUGAGGCGACCACACCCGCAGAGGCAGAAAAAGACGUAAAUCCCGCUAUAAGUAAGAGCGACUUAACUGAUAAUGACACUAAUCCACUAGAGCCUAAAACUAUCCCUCAGCUGGACUCAAAAGAACUCCAGAAUGAAGUGUUGGAUUCAACUCAGGUGCCUCCUAUAGAUGAGUCCCAGCUCACUCCACAAAAUCAGACUUUGGAUUGCACUUUGAACAUGGACCGUACAAAUAUCACCCCUGAAACUGAGGCUGAAAAUGGAGACAACAUGAGUCAAAUCAGCGCAGAGCCCAAACCAGCUGUAGGGGCGCCUACGAGCAAAGAGGAUACUCCUGUUGACGUUCUCGCAAAUGCACCCGUGUUAGCUGAAACCGAGGGCCCUAAACACAACAGGAUGCAGGAAACAGAGUCAGAGCCAUCAAAAUGCAUAGAAUCAGUCACUAAUCAACCUGACUCUACUGCUAAGCAGAAAAGUCAGGCGGAUGAAUUAGAAUUUGUAGAAAAGCAGCAAGAGGUUAGUCCACUUCACACCGAAAAUAAGUCACUUCCUGAUACCACAUCUGUUGAAAAUGCGUCAUUGACUAUGGCUGCCGAUCAGGAAGUAUCCGUGCAAGGCAGUGUGAAAAACACAGCUGAGCUAGAAACAAUAGAAGACCCAUCCAUUGAAGAAAAAAAUACAGACAAAAAGGAGGGCACUGAGGGAAACGACGAUGAGAAGGCAGGUGUUGAGAUAAAGUGUGAUAACUUUGAAGAGGUUCAUAAAAAAACAGUUUCAAUGGCAGCGAGUGAGGAGAAAGCUGAUAAAAUAAGUCCCGUUGAAGAAACAAUCGAGAUGAAGGCAUAUGAGCAGAAACUUCUUAAUGAGCUGGCUUCUACUGAAACAGUGUCAGGGAACACUCUUUUAAGUGACAAUCAUGACACUCAAAAUCAAGCUGUGCUUAAAGAGGCAGAGCCACAAAUAAAGUACAGGCCACCUUCUGCUGAAGAGAGCCUUGUCCAGACAGACUCAUCCCCAGAGAAGGCAGAAAAGACAGAGAAAGCUGAAGAUAUUUUGCUAAAAAAGAAUGAUGACGUUCACAAAGCUGUGGUCCCAGAUUCCAAAGAUUGCGAAAAGGUCAAAACCAAGGAGCCAAUUCAGAGCGAGGACUUGGUUUCUCCCUCAGCUGUCAUUAAUCAGACGCAAGUCAGUAUUAAAACCCUCGAGGAGAGAGUCAUCCCAGAUGAAACCACAUCAACAUCAAACAGUAUCUGUGAAAAUUUAGCGGGCAAUAUGGAGGGAAGACUCGAGAUGCAGGAAAAAGACUCCGCCAUUCAGAGGGACACAAACAAAAACAGUGUUGGCUCAUUACCCGUAACAAGCGACAUCCAGGAAUCUAUUUCAAUAUCAGAGGCGAGUGUAGUCAGCACCAAAGACGGCACUGCGGAGUUUGAAGCAGAGAAGAGCAUGACAUCACAGAACAACACAGCGUCAGAUGAAGGUUUUGAAAAUAGCGACACUUAUGCAGUAGUCGAUUCAGCCCCUCUAGCAGAAACCCAUAGCCUAGACUUUGUAGUUUGUGAGCAGAACACAGAAGACGCUAGUUUGAUGGAGAAAAAGGAGGCCCAACCUGAGCCUCAGGAAACGCAGUGUCAAGGAGAUGCAAUGCAUGAGGUCGUAAAUGAUGAGACCCUGAAGGAGCCUGCAGAAAGAAAAAGUGCCAUCAAGGAGGGCAGUAACACCAGUCCCUCAGACCUGGCAAAGCUGGAAAGCACAGUCCUACCCAUUCUUGAGGCACAAGCAAAGGGUGAUGAGGUCAAUCAAACAGACACACUGAAGACCAGACGCAAAUUAGAGGUCCUUCCUCUGUCACCUGACUCCCCCUGCUCAGAAGAUGACAGAGAACUUGGUAAAAGCAACACAAAGAAAAAGCUUCUUGUCCCGCUGGAUGUCAAGGCAGAUUCUUUGGACGACAGCAGCGAAAGCUUUGGAAAAGAAAGCCCGAUGUCAGGCGAUGACGAGGACUUCAUCCGCAAACAGAUCAUAGAAAUGAGUGAAAAUGAGGACGCCUCGCCGUCCGAUGAGGAGAACCAAAUACGGCAGAAAAUCAGAGAGGAUGAGAGGAAAAAAGUGGAGCAGAAGAAAACAGCUUCUGUGGAGAGGAGUGCGUCAGGAAAGGCUAAAAGGCUAACCAAGAAGAACUCUAUAAGUCCAAACGAUGAAGAAGAUAAAGAACUGCAAAGCUCUCUGUGUAAAGCUCAAGUAGUGGAGGCAGCAGAGCCAAAAGAAGAGGAACAUCAACCAGGCACUGCAGUUCGUAUAUUUCCAACAAUGGAGCUGAAUACAACCAGCAGCCCCGUGUGUAUACCCAGUGUUGAUCUAGAGCCAGAGAUGGAAAGUCUUACUGACUCACCAGAUGAUCGAUCCAAAGGUGAGGGGUCAUCCAGUCUACACGCAUCCAGCUUUACACCCGGGACAUCCCCAACAUCUCUAUCCUCACUGGACGAGGACAGCGACAGCAGCAGUCCCAGCCAUGUCCGCUCUGGUGAGAGCAAGCAGCACAGGAAAGCCAAACACAGACAACCUGGACAAAUGCUGCCGACAAUUGAGGACUCCUCAGAGGAAGAAGAGCUGCGUGAAGAAGAGGAGCUAUUCAGGGAGCAGGAAAAACAGAGGGGAUCUGGUAAAAAAUCAAAGAAAGACAAAGAGGAGGUUCGAGGCCAGAGGAGACGUGACCGCUCAAAGACGCCACCAAGCAACCUUUCACCAAUUGAAGAUGCCUCGCCAACGGAAGAACUGAGGCAAGAGGCUGAGAUGGAGGAGAUCAGGCGCUCAUCCUGCUCUGAUUUCUCCCCCAGCAUUGAAUCAGACCCUGAAGGGUUUGAAAUCCAUGCGGCAAAGAUUGCAGCAGUGCAGAAAACAUAUCAAUUACCCACGCCUGUAUCCCUUCACUCGCCAACAGAAGAUCAAAACACAGAUAAAGCACCGAAAAAACCUCUCCGAUCUGCUGAUGAAGCUUAUGAGGAGAUCAUGCUGCGGGCAAAGUCCCCUACUGUUGAAAACGUUGAGCUACAGCCAGGAAAGGAUUCUCUUUAUGAAGGUGUGCUCAUUGAAGAUUAUGCUGUUAUUGACGUGGGAGAGAUAGAAAAGAUGAGUGUUCCUGCUCAGCCGAAGAAGCUGAGAUCUCCAGAUGAAGUUUAUGAAGACAUGAUAAAGAAAAGAAAGGAAUUUAUGAAACUAGAACAGGAAUACCAAAAUAUGCAACCAAAAAUAGAAAGUACAAACCCAGAAAUUGUGUUGCAGCCCUCUCACAAUACCUCACCCAAAGGCAGUAGAGUGACUCUGGGAAAAGACGGAACACCACUGUUGGAUGCUGAAACUGCAUAUGAGGAACUCAUGAAAAAAGCCCUGACUCCUGGAACAAGUCCUACCUUACAAGAGCCAGAAGUGGAAGUCACCGUAUCUAGAAAGGCUCUCCAUCCAAUCCCAGACCUAAGAGUCACACAGUGUUCUUCAGGUGAGUUGUCCUCAGACGAAGAGACUAUCAUUAAAAAAGAGGAGGUCAUAUCAGACACAACAUCAACUGUGGAAACCACGUCUCCUCCAUCAGAUCAGCGAACAUGCACCCCUGUCACAGCAUCCCACACUGACAUUGUUGACUUAGCAAGUGAAAUUCCAAUGACAUCGGACUCUGUAACUGCAAGCGUGACUGCCUUGCCCACAGUCCCCCAGUAUGCACAAGGUACUCCUAGCAUUGUUUCAACCGCACCGCCUGUCCCCCCAAAACCAAGUGUUCUGUGUCGGGCUAAUUCUCAGGAAAAAGCAGAUGUUGAAUCACCACUGCUUCCUCCCACACCACAAAAACCUACAGUCUUUCCCAGGAAACCUCCGGUUCCGCUCCCACCUCAAGCUUCAGCUACUCCAGCCAAGCCAGAGACUGUGAUUGUGACUUCUCAAGCAAAACAAUCAGUUACACCGACAUACAAACCUCAUGUUCCACCUCCUGUUCCCCCAAAGCCCUCCAUCCCUGCUGGGAUUGGGGAAGGCCACAGACCAGCACAUGUCAAACCACCAAUUGCACCGAAACCUUCCUCUCAGGCUUCCUCACUCGCACAUGCCGCGCAUUCACCAAGACCGACCGUGCUGACCACGGCCUCCUCUGAAAUUGUUUUGAAUCUCAGCCCUUCAUCAGAGAGCAAGCCUUCCCAACCCUCACCAAAGUCUCCUUCCCCAAGAUACGCCAAGAAUCUUCACGAUACAUACGUGGUCAUCACUCUCCCAUCUCAGCCCAGCUCUCCAGUCGACGGCAUCUCAACUGAAGCUCCCUCUGACCCUGGCCCGCCAAUUGCACACCAAGCUCAGCCCCAAAGUUAUCACCAACCACAGGCUCAACCACAAUCAUACCAGCAGUCACCCCCUCCUCAUACAACUCGAAUGCCUCUAGCUUACACUCGAGUCACGGAAUCCAUAGAGAGCCAAGAGAUAUGCAACGCAGAAAAGCAUGUAUCUAGUUCCUGUCACAUCAUCGAGGCUGUGUCAGCCUCUGCACAGGUUCCUGUGGUAAUGCCAAACCUCAUUUCUCAAGUGGUUACCACAGAGGUCCAAAGAACCACCGUCUCUGUUGUCCACGAAAGGACGCCACCACCUGUGCCAACUCCAAGGGCAAAUGGGGUACCGAUCUCCCUGGCAAAACAAAAGACGCCAUUGGCUGUGCAGAAUGGACAGAUGGCCCUGCCUGCUGAGGUGGUGGAUUUGAGGACUAUGAAGGUGGACGCAGAUUCAGACAUGAACGGAGUGGAUCUGUCUGCUGGUCCAGAUUCAAGACGUCAGUCUUUUGCUGCUGAUGUAACUCGCCAUAGCAGUGCAGUGCAGUCGCCUGUUGUCAACCUGAGCGCUGAAUCCUCCACAGUCUCCAUCGUGACUGAUAGCAUCACAAUCGUGACCUGUGCUGCCACCAUUCAGAGAUGCGACAAUUUAGAAACCACUCAAGCAUCUUCAAUUCCCCUCCAGCUAACGAAAAACAAAAUAUUUGAACCAGUCUCUCAAAUUGUGUACCGGUCAGUGGACUCUCAACCUCCCUCUCAUUCUGGUGAGAUCCCCAUUAACCUCACAGUUGGAUCCAGCACAGGUGGUGGAACCUUCCAGACACCAACUGUAAUAAUGGCACCCAACUCCAGCGCUGGUUGUGUUGCGAAUGGGUUAACGGCAGGCACAACAUUAGUGGCAGGAGCAGUUGACCUGAGCACUGGGAAACCAUUCAAUACCAUGGUAUCAAUGGACACCGCCUCUACGGAGGUCAUCACAGCGGUGAUCACAGAAGACGACGGCAAGCCAGUAGAUCUGACUGCAGGGAAAAGAGCCGUGUGCUGCGAUGUUGUGUAUAAGCUCCCCUUUGCAGGGAGCUGCACCGCACAGCAGCCCACCACACCUCUGCCUGAAGACCGUUUUGGGUAUCGUGAUGACCACUACCAGUAUGACCGCUCGCCCUAUGGCAUGAGGGGCUUUGGUGGUAUCAAACCAUCAAUGUCAGACACCAACCUGGCAGAGGCUGGCCUGUUCUUUUACAAGAGUAAGAACAGCUAUAAUUUCAGUGGCACCACAGAGGGUGCGGUAGAUCUUUCCUCUACAAAGAUGUCUGAUGCAGGUGAAGCCGUUGACUACUCCAAGAAGGGGGCAUAUGCAGGAAUGACAAUCCCUCCUUAUUCCCAAGCCAGAGUAACAAGUGGGGUUGGAACUCUUUUUGGUACAAGUAGUGUCUUGAGGUCAUCAAAUGGGGUGGUUUAUUCCUCAGUUGCUGCACCAAUUCCAUCUACGUAUGCAAUAACAACUCAGCCAGGGUCCAUAUUUUGUACAUCCUACAACAGUCAGUCAAGUAUGCAUACCAGUGAUACCAUGCCUUCGCUGUCUGACCUCCAGAGUUUGCCACUGACGCGAUCCCACAGUUUCCUGUCUACUGUGUCCAUUACUACAGCAGCAGAGCAAGGCGACACCCCUCUCAACCUCGAGCUAACUAAGGAGGAUGCCACUGGUAAUUCUGUUGCCACAGCGACGUCGUUGACCCUUGACACUUAUACGGACGCAUCCCUGGAGGCGAUAGCCGCCUCACUGGAGGCCCUUUCCUCACCCAUGGUUCCCGGGGAUGGUCAGUAUCAGGCCGAGCGUGAAAGACUAGAAAUGGAAAAACUCAAGCAGCAGCGCCUCGCUGAAGAGCUGGAAUGGGAGCGGCAGGAGAUUCAACGUUUUCGGGAGCAGGAGCAACUGCUGGUGCAGAAGGAGCUGGAAGAGCUGCAGGUCAUGAAGCAGCAGAUCUUGACCCAGCAGGAAGAGGAAAGGCAAGCUCACCUAAUGAUGCAAAAAGAAACCUAUGCUCAGCAACAGCAGCAGCUUGAGCAAAUUCAACGAUUGCAAGAGCAACUCCGCAUGCAGCUGGAAGAGCAAAAGCUUCGUCAGAUGUACCCAGGUGGUGACUUGGGACUAGGAACCGGCGUCCAAGAGGCCGUUGUCUUAGGUCCUGAUGGCACAGUUCUGUCACGAAAGAUCACAGAUAGUGGAUGUCAAACGGAUGAAGAGGAUGAGACACUAAGCAAAGCAUACACAGCAGGGAGGAAAAAGAAGAAUGUCAAAAAGAGCGUUGACAGUUGUGUGCAGACUGAUGAUGAAGAUCAAGAGGAAUGGGAGGCUCAGAGAAGCCAGCAGAAUCGUCCACGCACUGCCAGGGGAGACAGGGGAGGCCAAUCCGAAAUGUCUCUUCAAGCCCACACAGAGAUUUCUAUACAAACAGAUACUGAUGGAAACAUCAUAAUGGACACAAGAAUGGAACUCUCCGACUCUGAAAGGACCUCGCCGAAGAAACGACUCACCCCCUUGGAGAUCAGUCAGUUGAACCUCAAAGCUGAGUCCUCCACGCUUCAAGCCCCCUCUAAGUCUUCCAAUGUUCUCUACUCUCCCUUAUCACCCUGUGUUUCCCCAAGCAAGUCACUUGAGUUUGUAUCUUAUGAUAAGUCACUGGGGGAUAAAAGUCCUCAGAAGCUAAGGGGAAGCACAGACCCAAUAAACGUCUCUCCAGGAAGUCCAAGGGGACCAAAGCCCAUGCAGAGAUCUAUGUCUGACCCGAAACCCAUGAGUCCAACAGGGGAAGACAGGGCAACAUCUGGGACCGAGUAUGGUGAAACUGGGAAGGGCUCGGGUGGCCCACCUACAGGCACUCAAAAGAAGGUGAAGAGGACUCUCCCCAACCCCCCCUCAGAGGAGGAGUCCACAGCCAGUGGACAGACGGCAUAUAGCACCGGUUCCGCUCGCCGAAGAAUGUGCCGCAAUUCAAACAUGGCGCGUGCCAAGAUCCUGCAAGACAUCGAUCGUGAGCUCGACCUGGUGGAGCGCGAGUCGUCCAAACUCCGCAAAAGACAGGCAGAGCUGGACGAGGAGGAGAAAGAGAUAGACGCCAAGCUGAGGUACUUGGAGAUGGGCAUUAAUCGGCGGAAAGACGUCUUGCUGAAGGAGCGAGAGAAGAGAGAGAGAGCUUAUUUGCAGAGUGUGGCUGAAGACAGAGAUUAUAUGUCAGACAGCGAGGUUAGCAACAUCCGAGAGGCUAGAGGUGGACAUGUAGACGGUGAAGAUGAGGAAAUAGACAGCCAUGGUCUUGAACGUCCGAGGACGGCACCUCAGUCCGAAUUGGACGACUUUGUCCCACCUCAAACUAAACAUGAAUAUGGAAAAUACUCCCAGUACCAAUACUCUCAAGGCCAAUACCAGCAGCAGUCACUCUAUCAGACCCCCCAGUCCUACCAGUCUCAUUCCAUCUACUCAUCUGUCCCCUCGCUCACCAGCUCCCAGCAGCAAAGUUACCAACAGAUGCUCCUGUUGCAGCAGAAAGCUGCCAGACAAGCCGCUCUCCUCUCAGAACUGGAUGCCACCAAAUAUGACGUCAUCAGCCGCCAGUCUGAUCCCGCAUCGUCGUCUUACCUCGGUGUGAAAUACGACAAAUACGGCAACCACCUGGACCUCAGAGCCUUGGAUGUAGGAAGUAUAGCAGGUAGCCCCAUGUCAACUGUCUCUGAGUCCUACUACACCGACCUUGAUCACCAUACACCGAGGAGCUACCUGCUACUGGAAGACGCUGCAGAGCUGGCUAAGAGCUCCACGGGUCUGUCUGCAUCUUAUAGUCUUGCUGAAAGAGAGUUGGCCAAAGCAGAGAAGCUGCUCCACCGCAGCGCUGCUGACCUUGGGUCAACUGACUAUCUGGGGUCCACCUCCAGGCUGCAUACAUAUGGAAAAACCCCAGAUGAAGAGGAUCCAAUGGAGGAGCCCUAUGAGCUGAAGCUCCUGAAGCAGCAGCUCAAACAAGAGUUCAGGAGAAGCACAGGUGGGACAGAAAGCUUAGACCCACUGACGGGUCUCUCCCAACACUACUAUACCCCAAGCUCUGGCGUCUCCAGUUACUCCCAAAGACACUAUCCAAAGUCGGAAAAGUACAGCAUCAGUCGACUGACUCUGGAGAAGCAGGCAGCUAAACAGCUCCCGGCGUCAAUGUUGUACCAAAAACACAAGACUCCAUUAUUAGAUCCUAAGCUCUCCUCCAAGUAUUCCUCUAUUACUGAAAGCAGAGGUUUGGACAUGGACUAUACCAGCUAUUUGGGUUCUACCGGUGGCUCCCCAAGAUCCAGCCGACUCAUGCAGGAUGAGAUUACCUUUGGCCUUCGUAAGAAUAUCGCAGAGCAGCAAAAAUACUUAGGGUCCACCUUGGGGGCAAACUUGGCUGCUUCGCUAAACCUGGGCCAGAGCUUGGGCUUGGACUCUGCUUAUCCUAGUGGUAGCCGCUCAAGACCUUCAUCGAGGCCUACGUCCUGCUAUGGCCUGGACUUGUCCAUCAAAAGAGACCCUUCCAGCUCGUCGCUGAGACUCAAAGGUGACGGCGAAGCCUCCUCAGAUGGUCCCAGUUUCCAAACACCUUCCGGUCGCGCUAAACCCACCAGCCUGCCCAUUGUGCAAAGCGGGCGCGGGAGAAUACCCAUUGUGGCGCAAAACUCUGAGGAAGAGAGUCCGCUGAGCCCCGUUGGGCAGCCCAUGGGCAUGGCCCGUGCUUCGGCAGGACCUCUGCCGCCCAUCUCGGCCGACUCCAGGGACCAGUUUGGUUCUUGCCUGUCGUUGCAAGACUCGCAACAGCAGCAGCAGCACAUGAGGGAGGAAGCAAGCAGGGGUAGGGGGUAUGUGCUGCUGGAUGACCUUCAGGGCACCAUGUCAGAUAGUGAAGCCCUAAGUGAUUCCCUGAUGCCUUUGAACAGAGACGAUGCGGCCAAGGCCUACCACCUGAGACGAGAGGAGACCGACUGGUUCGACAAGCCCAGGGACGGGCGCUCGGAGAAUGGACACGAGAAGAGACAGGGUAAAGGCCCCUACUACCCCUUCCCUCACCUCAGGGUCAAGCUGCAGAGAGAUCCUAAAGACCGCAGUGUCUCAGGGAAUGGUCUGGGUAUCCGCGUGGUUGGUGGCAAAGAUGUGCCUGGCAGCAGUGGGGAGAUCGGAGCCUACGUUGCCAAAGUUCUACCAGGUGGAGCCGCCGAACAAACGGGAAAGAUUCUUGAAGGAAUGCAAGUCCUGGAGUGGAACGGUGUCCCCCUCACGGGGAAAACCUAUGAAGAGGUGCAAGUGCUGGUGGGCCACGCGUGUAGCGACGCGGACGUUUGCGUCAGGCUAGACCUCAACAUGCUGGCAGAGUCUGAAGGAUCCGAGCGCCUGGACUUCCAGGAGCAGAGCAAAACUGACAGACUGCCCAGGUCUCCAGGAGUGGACCCCAAGCAGCUGGCGGCCGAGCUACAGAAGGUGUCCCAACAGCAGGCUCCGUCCGCCGCCGCCACCACCUUGGCCACCACCGACCCCGCCCAGCCGGGGUCGCCGUCAGUCAGCAAGAAACGGCACAGUAGCAAGGCUGCAGAUGGAAGCAGGACCCCCUCACACCCUGUCACUGGUGACAUACAGCUUCAAAUCCACUACGACAAGCAGCUGGGCAACCUGAUCGUCCAUGUCCUGCAAGCGCGAAACCUCGCCCCGCGUGACAACAACGGCUACUCAGACCCCUUUGUCAAGGUCUACCUCCUGCCGGGACGAGGUCAGGUCAUGGUUGUCCAGAACGCCAGUGCUGAGAACAAGAGGAGGUCCAAACAUGCGGGCAAGAGCCUCAACCCCGAGUGGAACCAGACGGUCAUCUAUAAGAACAUCCACCUGGAGCAGUUGAGGAAGAAGACCCUGGAAGUGACCGUGUGGGACUACGACAAGUGUUCCUCCAAUGACUUCCUGGGCGAGGUCCUUAUCGACCUGUCCAACACGGCCCAGCUGGACAACAUCCCCCGCUGGCUCCCCCUCAAGCCACAAACCGAGGGGGACCACCACCGGCGCUCCCACCAGGGCCGACACAGCUCCUCCAAAGCCUCCUCGCACUCGUCACCUAAGACCGCAGGCUCCGCCCAAGACCAGGACUCCCCGAAGUCGUCAGUGAUCAAAAGCCGAAGCCACGGCAUCUUUCCAGAUCCGGCAAAGGGCCAGCGAGCAGGCCACCAGAGGCACAGCGUCGUGGGCGUGCUCACCAUUCAGAGAGCUCAGUCUGAUUGGCUGCCCGCCCUGCCGUCGCUGGCGCCGGCCAAUGGGAGCAGAGCAGACGGCCGACACCUGACCCUCAGGAAGGCCGUGUCGGAGGAGAGGCCCACCGUCGCCCGAGCACGGUCCAGCUACAGGUCAGGAGACGCCCCCGUCACGGCCGCCUCCUUGGACAGCGGCCUGAGCGGCAGCGCCUACAGCCUGCUGGACGAGGACGGGGAGAUGAACGAGGUGGACAGCGCCAUCUUCCAGGUGCCACGAUUUGGGAAGAUUCCAAAUGGUACCGAUGGGAUGAAAUCAUCUGUGGGAGGUUCUGAUGGUAAGUCUCAGGUGAUGGGUGAGAUCAAGAUUGCUCUGAAGAAGGAGGUGAGGACGGAGGGAGACCACCUGGUCCUGGAAAUCCUUCAGUGUCGCAACAUCACCUACAAGUUCAAGACUGCAGACCACCUGCCGGAUCUUUACGUGAAGCUCUACGUGGUCAACAUCGCCACUCAGAAGAGGAUCAUCAAGAAGAAGACGCGGGUGUGUCGGCACGAUCGCGAGCCGUCCUUCAAUGAGACCUUCCGCUUCUGCAUGAACCCCGCCGGACACUCCUUACAGCUCUUCCUGGUGUCCAACGGCGGCAAGUUUGUGAAGAAGACGCUGAUCGGUGAAGCGUACGUGUGGCUGGACAAGGUGGACCUCCGCAAGCGCGUGGUGAGCUGGCACAAGCUGCUUGCCAGCACCGCCCAGAUUCACUCCUAGGAAGGGGGGAGGCUCACCCCAUUUCUUUGUGGACUGAAACAUUUGAAGGGUUGUGGCAGGAAGUGUUGGCAGGAUGGCCCAAGCGAGCAAGAGCAGGUACAACAACACACGCUAAAUACAGGGACACUCUUUCAUCCAAGCCUUUUACGAUGAUUCUUUAUUUUUCUAGUAUGAUAUCACCACUUCUUCAUGUCUGCACCAAGCAGGACAUCUGAUACACACACUCACACACUCACACACUCACACACUCACACCACCUAGCAUUCCAUGCCGCGUGUUCACUUUAAACAGACUUCUAUGAAAUGAUGAGAUGAUUCAUUUAUUAGCAUUAUAUUGAACUGGAGUCCAUGUAAUUAGUGUGUGUGUGUGUGUGUGUGUGUGUGUGUGCGUGCAUGUAUGCGCAUGUGUCAGUCAGUCUGGUUCACACGCUGUAAAUAGAAAGUCCUAUUCUACUGCUAAUAGAUCCAUAUAUAGAUAUACAGUACAAAUGACUAACUAUCACAGACAAUCACGUCUCAAUGAUUGUUUUUAUUUCUCCACAACAAAAGCUUUUUUUAGCACUUUUUCCUCCUUGAAUGUAAAUUGUGAGAUCCUUUCUCUCCCGGCGAUACCAUAUUAUCCGAUAUGGACGCAUCGUGCUGCAAAGUAACAUCAGAGUAUUUGCUCAUUGUGUUUUUUCAUGUUGUUCCUAUGCAGUCAGCACCAUCUUUCCACCAGACUCAAACGUGGCACAGCUGCAUUUUCAUGCAUUUUUCUUUUGUCAAUUUGUAUUUAAAACAUUAUUUUUUCAUUGAAUUAUGUAUGAUUUAUUCCCCAUACGUGCGGGAGUGUUUACAGGUGUUAGUGAGCUUUUUUGUAUACAUCAUGCUUUUAUUUUUGGAAACUCAGUGAAUUUUUUCUGUUUACAAAAAAAAAAGAACAAAUAAUUUUCCGAUAAAAGCGCCUCAUCAUUUCCUGGCCUCACUUGGAGCGACGACCAAAAAGACGCACCGUUUGUCCACCGAUUGUGGUUUUGAAGUCAACGUGGGUAUUUUCUAUGACCUGGUUUCAGUUGCGUUUACGCGUCAUCGGCUCACCAACACACAUGAUGAACAACCCAGCCGUGUAAAUACGUCACCUUUUUUAAAAACACCGGGCUUAGGAGCAAUAGGUCCUUCCGGGGACCACGUGAAAAAGACACCAUUUCUGGCUGUACAGCGCAAACUCACCACACGAGGGCAGUAUCAGUCUUCAAUGUGCUCACUCUGGAUGUUGCAUGUUUCGUUGGUGGCUCAUAAUAUUUUUGUGUCUGGAUUACUAUUAGAGAAAACAAAGAGUGAGGUGUAGAGAAGGAUCUAGAACAAGUGGGCGGGGUGCGGGGGUAUUUAUUCAUGAUGAUUAUAUGCUGACUGCACAAAGAUGAUACUCGUCUGUUUUGUUUUUCACUUGUAAGUAAAGAGAAAUUGACUGUCUAUUGCUUUUGUGGUUGUAUACAGGAGGUAUUGAUACAUUAUGCAAAUUGUGCUGUAAAAAUGGCUGUUGCCCUCUCUCCCCCCCAUGUGGAAAUAUAUUAAAUAUGAGUACAAAUGAA